AUGGAGGUGAGCAUCACAUAUGUGGUGGUGAGCAUCACAUAUGUGGUGGUGAGCAUCACAUAUGUGGUGGUGAGUAUCACAUAUGUGGUGGUGAGCAUCACAUAUGUGGUGGUGAGCAUCACAUAUGUGGUGGUGAGCAUCACAUAUGUGGUGGUGAGCAUCACAUAUGUGGUGGUGAGCAUCUUGGUGAGCAUCACGUGCGAGGUGGUGAGCAUCGCGUGCGAGGUGGUGAGCAUCACGUGCGAGAUGGUGAGCAUCAUCCGACCCCAGCUCACUGAAUGCACAGGCCUCGUGUACCAGCACAUCUGCAGCAGAUGCACAGGCCUCGUGUACCAGCACAUCUGCAGCAGAUGCACAGGCCUCGUGUAUCAGAACAUCUGCAGCAGAUGCACAGGCCUCGUGUAUCAGAACAUCUGCAGCAGAUGCACAUGCCUCGUGUAUCAGAACAUCUGCAGCAGAUGCUCUAGGUUCAGCAGUGACACGGACAGCGGCCAUUACGUCUGCAGCGGCGCUCUUGAGAGGUGGGUGCCCUACACGAAGGCGCCCCGGGAGUGCGAGCUCAACUGCCAGCCGCUGGGUGAGCGCUUCUACUACCGCCACGCCCAGGCCGUCGUGGACGGCACGCCCUGCAGGGCGGACGGCAGGGACGUGUGUGUGGGCGGCGUGUGUAUGGCGGUGGGGUGCGAUGGGAUGCUGGGGUCACCCUUGGCGGAGGACGCGUGCCGGGUGUGUGGGGGAGACGGGUCGACGUGUGCGACGGUUGACGGGGUGUUCGACACACCCGUCCUGACCGCCGGCUACAACGACGUACUACUCAUCCCAGCCGGGGCUACCAACCUCCUGGUCGAGGAGGUGGUCGCGUCCAACAACUACCUGGCGCUGCGUGACCUGGGGGGGCAGUUCCUCCUAAACGGAAACUGGCGCAUCGACUUCCCGGGAGCGCGCGAUGUGGGGGGCGUGAGUGUCACCUACGAGAGGCGCAGCGAUGGGGCCAGCAUCUUCGCCCCUGAGGCCAUCAGGGCCCUCGGGCCUCUCCUGCAGCCCCUCUACGUGGUGGUGAGUGGGUCGCAGGAGCGCAACGUGAGCUGUGCUAGCACGCGCGACCUGAGGGAGGUCGAGGGGUUAUUGUGCGACCCCCGCCUGCAACCCCUGACCAACCGCACCUGCAACCCCCAGCCCUGCCUCAGCAGCUGGCAGACCACCCCCUGGUCCGCCUGCUCGUCCACCACCUGCGGGGUGGCGGGUGUCCGCUACCGCCACGUGUACUGCGGACAGCGCGUCGCUGAUGGUCACAUGGCCAUCGUGGCGGACACUGAGUGUCUCACGGUAUCGGACGCGCCCCUGGGACUUGAGGCCUGCAACGUGGGGGAUGACUGCCCCAGCUGGCACGUGGGGGAGUGGAAGCCCUGCCCCGCGUUGUGUGGGGAAGGAACGCAGCGUCGCACCGUGACGUGUCACCGCGGGGGGAAGAGUGGGGGCGUAGAGGUGCUCCCCGACGAGGAGUGUGGGGAGGAGAGGCCUGGGGACGAGCAGCGCUGCCACGCCGUCCCCUGCGAGGGGGUUGACUGGGUCAUAGCCCCGUGGACGGGGGUGAGUAACCCCUACUCUUGGAUUGGGUUGGGAUCAUCGCUCCCCCGGCCUGAUCCCCGACAUUGUCACGGGCAGUGCACGAGUUGCGGGCAGACGCGGGAGACACGGGCGCUGCUGUGUGCGACGGCCGCGGGCGACGUCGUGGACGACGUCUACUGCGACUUGAGACGUCGGCCUGCCACGGAGCGACGUUGCAAAGAGACCGUCCCUUGCCGCCACGCCUGGUACAGCGGCGAGUGGUCCAAGUGCACCUCGACAUGUGGGGCUCGGGGGCUGCAGACGCGCCACGUCUUCUGCGGCCGCGUGGAGGUAGACCCCACCGGGACCUCCGGGACCCCCACUCCCGUGCCCCCCCAUAACUGCAACCCCAAGAAGGAACCCAAACCCCAGCGGGAGUGUGACGCCGCAUCCCUGGAUGAGGCUGAGUGUGGGGAAGAAGGGGAAUGGUUCACCGGACCCUAUAAAAAGUGCUCCAAGGAGUGCGGUGGGGGGCUACGCUCCCGCAAGGUGCUGUGUUUCUACAACGACACCCGCGUGGCGGUGACGCGGUGUAACGCCACCGCCAUCCCCGCCGCCGUGGUGGCCUGCAACAACCAUGCGUGUGGUGAAGACGCUGAGGUGACCACCGUCGCCAUAACCACAACCAUGGAAGACGAGAUGGACGAACCUGAAGACAAAGAAGAUGAAAAAGAAGGAAGUGCUGAUAAAGAUGGUAGUGGUGAUGAAGAUGGGAGUGGUGACGAAUUAAAGCUACAGGAGGGAAGUGGUGACGACGAAAUCGGGAAGGAAGAUGAUGAAGAAGACUUCGAUAAGGACUUGGACUGGUGUGAGGAAGGCGAACUGCCCUACGAUUACGACUACGAGGAAGAAGAUGAUGAGGAGGAGCCCGAGUCUGGGUCUGCACCAGACAUGGAAGAGGAAUCUGGGUCUGGUGAAGAAAUGUCCGGGUCUGGUGAAGAAAUGUCCGGGUCUGGUGAAGAAAUGUCCGGGUCUGGCGAAGAAAUGUCUGGGUCUGGCGAAGAAAUGUCCGGGUCUGGCGAAGAAAUGUCUGGGUCAGGCGAAGAAAUAUCCGGUUCUGGUGUAGAAAUGUCCGGUUCUGGCGAAGAAAUGUCGGGGUCUGGUGAAGAAAUGUCCGGGUCAGGUGAUGAAGUUUCUGGUUCUGGUGAUGAAUUAUCCGGUUCUGGGGAUGAAGUGUCCGGGUCCGGCGAAGAGAUGGUGCCAUCAAGUGUUCAUGAAAUGACGACAAAAGAUCCUAAGAAAGCUCGGGAGUACGAAAACGCUUUUUACGAUAAUAUCAUCGAUGAGUUAGAGAAAACGACAGCGUCACCGCAAGAAGAAGGGUCGGGAUCCACUGAAGAGCCUGCUUCUGGAGAUGAAAUGGUAUCGGUUCCUGACGAAGAAUCGGGAUCAGGUUCAGGAGAUGAGGCCGUUUCAAGAGAUGACGAAGAAUCUGGUUCUGGUUCCGGCGACAAAGAAGCUUCUGGUGUGGAAGAUGAAAAGGGUUCCUCGGAUGAAUUUGCCUCUGGAGAUGAAUCUGGUUCUGGAGAAGAAUCAGGUUCCGGAGAUGAAUCUGGUUCUGGAGCUGAAUUAUCGUCCGGAGAUGAAAUGAGCUCUGGAGAAGACUCUACGGUGGACGAUGAUUUAGAAUCUUCUGGUUUGGGCGAUUCAGAGUUCACCACGGUAGCGCACGACGUACCUGUUGAAAACGACAUAACUGAAGGCUCAGGUGACGAUGAAGACGACAAAGAAAUGCCCAUGUCGACGACAAUGUUAUUGGAAGAGAUUGAUGUUGAUGAAGAUGCGGUAUCUCUAGAAAAAGACGUUCCAAAGUUAGUCUCUUCGCCAAAGUUCGAACCUUUGAAAAAACGUACUCGCAUUGGUUCACCGAUGUGUAAGCCUCGCCCUAAGUCUGAUUGUUUCAAGAGUGAGUUCGGUUGUUGUCAGGAUGGCCUUACGGAAGCAGCGGGACCUUUUUGGGAGGGAUGUGCCAUGUUGAAGUCGUGCAAGGACUCGCUCUAUGGAUGCUGUCCCGAUGAAAUAACGCCUAAGAAGACCGCUGACGGCGAGGAGUGUCAAGAUCCUAAAGUUGUGUGCGAGUCCUCCCUCUUCGGGUGCUGUCCCGAUGGCAAGACGGAAAAGGAAUCUACUGAAGGUGAGGAGUGUCCUCCACUUUGUGCGUCGUCCAAAUACGGUUGUUGUCCUGACAACGAAACGGCUGCUGACGGACGUAACGGCCUUGGGUGUUGCAAAAUCACUGAAUUUGGAUGCUGCCGAAAUAGAAGGAUGGCCGCUCAGGGCCCGAAGAAAGAGGGAUGUCCAGAAGAGGAAGAAGAAAAAGAAGAAGAGAAGAUGGAAGCAGUGGAGUCGACCACUCCGGGUGAGGUUGACUUACUCCCAGACUGCUCCUACACCAAGUUUGGCUGUUGCCUUGACAACUAUACCGCCGCUCAUGGCGCAGAUAUGGAAGGCUGUUGCUUGGUUUCUCCAUUCGGGUGUUGCCCCAACUAUGUCACUGAGGCCAGGGGUCCUAAGUUUGAGGGCUGUGGUUGUGAGUUCACCGAUUUUGGUUGUUGUCCCGAUAACAAGACAACAGCCAGAGGCCAAAACAACGCUGGCUGCGGCUGCCAGUAUACUGAAUUUGGGUGUUGCCCCGACCAACACACUCCUGCUCUUGGGGUUGACUACCUUGGGUGUGCCUGCAAUACUUUUGAAUUCGGUUGCUGUCUUGAUGGAGAAACUAGAGCCUCUGGGCCAAGACUUGAGGGGUGUGGGUGCUCAAACUCGGAGUUCGGCUGCUGCUUGGACGGCCGAACCCCAGCAAAAGGUCCCGAAAUGGAAGGAUGUGGAUGUGAGGCAUCAUCUUUCGGAUGUUGUCCUGACGGUGAGACCCCAUCUCAAGGAGAACUCUUCCAGGGGUGCGAAGAGACCAGCCCCAUCAUACCAGGAGAAGUGUGUGGCCACGAGAAGGACCGUGGGCCCUGCCGAACAUUCACGGUGAAAUGGUAUUUCGACCUGCAGUACGGAGGUUGUACACGGUUCUGGUACGGAGGCUGUGAAGGCAACCUCAACCGAUUCGAUUCCUUAGAAUUGUGUAAUGCGGCUUGUGUGGAGCCCGAAGGCAUAGAUGUUUGUCACCUUCCGAAAGUGGAAGGCCCAUGUUCGGCAUCAGAGCUGUCAUGGUACCACGACAGCGUAUCGAAAACAUGCGAGCCUUUUUACUAUGGUGGAUGUCUUGGCAACAAGAACCGGUUUGCAACGGCACAAGAAUGCGAAACGACUUGCAUCUUGCCGGAAAAAAUGGACGUGUGCUUGAUGGAGGUACAACCAGGACCAUGUCGUGGCAACUUCAGCCGCUGGUACUUUGACCAAACGAAAGAUGAGUGCGUGCAGUUCACAUUCGGGGGAUGCAAGGGCAACAACAACAACUUCCUCUCAGAAAACGAGUGCAUGCAGAGGUGCAUCAGAGGACGGUCCAAGGAUAUCUGCACCCUACCGAAGAAGUCAGGUUCCUGCGAGGACACCAUCCCCAGAUGGUACUUCGAUACCACCGAGAACCGCUGCAUGCCAUUCUACUACACGGGCUGUGAAGGCAACGCCAACCGCUUCGAGGCCCGCAUGGAGUGUGAAACCACCUGCCCUCCCGUGUCAUACGAUUCUGUGGAGAAUAAGUGUGCGCUGCCCAAGGAAGAGGGGGCCUGCAGCGACUACGAGAACAGAUGGUACUACGACUUCUUCGCCCGUGAGUGUCGGUCAUUCGUGUACACUGGCUGUGGGGGCAACAGCAACAACUUCCUCACUUACGAGACCUGCACCGAAGAGUGCGACCGAGAGGAUAACAGGGUCCCUCUCGCCCCCAGCGUGGAGGUGUGCCAGCUGCCAGAGGAGCGCGGUGACUGCGACGACUACCUGCCGCGCUAUUUCUACGACCGCCGCACCGGCGUCUGUCGCCAGUUCCUCUACUCGGGUUGCGGCGGCAACGGCAACGCCUUCAGGAGCAGCGCCGAGUGCGAUCACGUCUGUGGAGAGAGCCAGGACGUAUGCCAGCUGCCGGUGGAGGUGGGCCCCUGCUCGGGGGUAUUCCCCAUGUACUACUACGACGCCAGCACUGGCACCUGCAGCAGCUUCCACUACAGCGGCUGCCUGGGCAACAAGAACAGGUUCGACACGCUGAGUCUGUGCCUGCAGCGCUGCUCCGCCGCUCCCCCCACCACCGCCGCCCCCGCCAACCUGGACGCACCUGACUUCGAGGAGGACAAACCAGCCAUCUGCUUCCUCCCCGUGGACGGGGGAAGCUGCAGGGCCGCCAUCCCCCACUGGUACUACGACCCCCAUCAGGGUCGCUGUGUGGGCUUCAGCUACGGCGGCUGUGAGGGCAACGCUAACCGCUUCUCCUCCGUGGAGGCCUGCGAGCGCCAGUGCGGCAGACUGCGUGGCCAGGAUGUCUGCCACCAGCCCGUCAGCGAGGGCCGAUGCGUGGACUUCCUUCGCAAAUGGUACCACGAUCCCCAGGACCGCAGCUGCAAGCAGUUCGUGUACUCGGGCUGUGGUGGCAACGGCAACAGGUUCUCCACGGAGCAAGAGUGCUCCACCGUCUGCGUGUACAGAGACGUGCCCUUCCCAGCUGGCAACGAUACCCAGGUGGCCAACCAAGCCAUCUGUCAGCUGCCACCUGACGCUGGUCCGUGCGAUGGCAGCUACAACAGAUGGCACUACGACCCGGCAGGUGGCAGUACCGGUGGUGCCUGCCGCCUGUUCCGGUACAGCGGCUGUGCUGGCAACAUGAACAGGUUCAAGACUUUCAACGAGUGCACAGCCUUCUGCUCUGCCGUGCCUCCUGUGAAGGAGGGGACAUGUCCCCCCCUCAGCCGGGACGUGUACCGCUGCGACAACGAGUGCGGGGACGACGCGGCGUGUCCCGGGGACCUCAAGUGCUGCUACAACGGCUGCGGCUACAGCUGCAUGCCCCCCCUCAGUGAUGCGCCCCCCACCCCUCAGCCUGCCUACACCCCCCCACCAGUGAACGAGUCGCCGGCUGUGAUCGUGGCGGCGGACGUGGCGGUGACGGCGGAGGACGAGGACGUGGCGACGCUGAUGUGCCGUGCAGAGGGCAACCCGCCGCCCACCGUCACGUGGUACAGGGACGGCAAGCAGCUGGACACCAGCCAGGGGCGCCUGCGGGUCCUCGAGGACGGGUCCCUGCAGGUGGUGGGCACACAGCUGGCAGACGCUGGCACCUACACCUGCACCGCUGCCAACGGCCUGGCCCCUCCUGCACGGCGUGACGUCCAGCUCACCGUCAUAGAGGGCAAGCCUCGCGAGGCGAAGGUGGUGCCGAACCGCAACCCCCGACCGGUGGUGACCCUGGGGCGCCCGACGGUGAUAAGAUGCUGGGCUGUGGGCAAACCUCGACCCACCGUCACGUGGUGGCGGGGGACCAAGAUGCUCCCAAUGUCCUCCCAAAAAUACGAGCAGACCCGCGACAUGGCCCUCCGCAUCACGAUCAUCACCUUGCGGGACCUGGGGCCAUACACAUGUCAGGCAUAUAACGGUCAGGGGCGGGCCACGUCCAACACGGUCACUCUUCUUGCCAUGGGUCCCGUUAGAGCCUCAACGGAGAAGGACCGAGAGUAUCUAAAGUACAUUGUCGAACCCAGGCUGGGACCUCUGGGACCCGAAGAGCCUAGAACCCAAGCUCCAGACCCAAGGCCUGCUAGGCCCGACCCUGAUGCUUACUUCAGGACGUCACCCCCGCCUCCACUGAUCACUUACGCGCCGCAAGGUGGGACGACGAACCGAGCCCACUGGGCCUUGUUCCACUGA